GAGAGAGAGAGAGAGAGAGAGAGAGAGAGAGAGAGAGAGAGAGAGAGAGAGAGAGAGAGAGAGAGAGAGAGAAAAGGAGAUUAAAAAAAAAAAAAAAAACCUCACAAUGGAAAUGCAAUGGAAAAAAAAAAAAAAUGAGGAUUGAAAUUAAACACAAUCACAUUUUGCACUCAUCCAUCCAAGCAUGGAUUGUGAUCAUGACGAUGAUAAUGAUUGUAAUCAUGAUGAUGAUGGAGCAAAGGGCGAGCAAAAAGGCUGGGAAAUCGAGUAGUGAGCAACAUUCGAUCUGUAGUGUUCAACCCCCCCCUCCUGCCCCCCGUCCCUCAUCAGCCCAAGCAGUGCAUUGAAUAGAGAAGAGCAGGGGGUUGGAGUUGAGAGUCGAGAGAGCGAACAGCAAACAAACAGGACCAGUCUCAGUUUUUUUGUUUUGCUCGGGUUUUCUCAGAUUUGCAUUCAACUCUCUCAGUCUCUGUCUCUCAGUCUGUCUCCCUCUCGUCGAUUUCAUUCAUACUACAAUCUCCUAAGCGUUCUGAGCCCUCUCUUACAGAAUAGAGGUCUUUGAGUGAGACUAGAGUCGUAGCACAACAUGCUCAACCCUCACGCGGCGACAUUCUCAUUCACUGCUGCUGGCGCUCAAGCAACAGCCACGCGUCCAAUGCAAGAACAGAGCAACUCAAGCAGCGCAAGCUCUCGACAAGAGCCAUCUUCAUCAUCAUCCUUGUCAAUGGCCGGUCGGACGCGCCACGAUGAAGCCAAUGCUGCUGAUGACGACCGAGUCCGUGAACAGGGCACCAGCCGCGUCCAACACGCCGAUGGGCAAAGCGAGCAACAGGAUGCUGGUGGUCACCAUCGCAGCAGUCAGAGUGGAGCGCACCGUCAAGCAGAUGACAGCAGUGGUGACGGACGACUGCAGCCCAGAGCCAAUCUUACUGAUUACGCAAACGGAGCUCAAGACGAGCAAGCUGCCCAGACCGCAGCGCAGGCUUCAUUGCAUGGAGCCCAGCAUGGUGCAUCUGGAUCCCAUGCGAAACAGUCGACCAGAGACACUAGGAAGCAACGUGGCGGUGGCCAACAUGCUCAGAGUCACAAUUCGAGCCAUCGUGGAGCUCCUGAUCGCGCACCGCACCAAUCGCAAGGCCAUGGAGAUCAGCGUGCACCCCGGCAAGCUUUAGCGAAAGGCCAGGCUGCGCCACGACGCGGUGGCGGAGCGUUCUCUUCAGGGGGAGCUGCCUCCGAUUCGCAUCACCCCGUUCCAAGCAGCGCUGGCCAUUCCAGCGGCACGAGCAGUGGCAACCACUUGCUCAACUUUACGUAUGGACCGCCCGUUCGUCAUGGAGCGAGCGGAGCCGGUGCCAGUUAUGGGCGACACGACCAGCGCCGUCACCACAACCACCACUCCCACCAUCAUCACGCAACCAGCUUUUCCAAGCAGCAGACACUUCAAACACAGUGUCAAAUGCUCGUUCAAAGCACGGCAAACACCCUCCCCUUUGUCACCGAUCCCGACGCGCUGACCGAGUGGAGCACCAUUGAAGAGGUUCGAGUUCUGAGUGGAAACGACGAAACUGCAUCGUGCCCGAUUUGCCUGUGCCAUCCAAUCGCAGCAAAAAUGGCUCAAUGCGGACACGUCUUCUGCUGGGCGUGCGUGCUGCAGUACAUUUCGUUCGGCGAGCGCCCAUGGCGAAAGUGUCCCAUCUGCUUUGAAGCCAUUCAUGUUGAAGAUUUAAGAAGCGCGGUCUCAAUUGCCAAGCACACCCCGGCUGUUGGCGAAAUGUUGACACUCACUCUCAUGGCGCGAGAUAAGAAUUGCACCAUCCCCGUGCCUGUGAGUGCGACAGCAAAGUAUGCUCUUGCGGACGUCUACAUUGCGGGUCAACAGGAGGAGGCCAUCCAGCAACACUGCCGUGUAUUGCGAAUCACGCCAGCGCAAGUGCUUGACACGACGAUCGCACGAGAAAAAACCGAGUUAAUGUUGCAGUACGAAGAGCUAGUCCAAACGAGUGGGACGGCUGAUCCACAACUCGCGUUCAUCGCGAUGGCGCAAGCUGCUCUGCAACAGAGGGAGAGCCAAUUGACAGCGUUACUGAGUGUCGGCACCUUGCUUUCUGCCGAAUUUUCAACUCUAUCUAUGGCCCCUGCGGCGCCCGUUUCAGUCUCGAGCUCGGCGUGGUCGAAGCCUCAGUCGAGCGUACCAACAAGCACCGAGAGCGCCUUUUCAGAUGAAGAAGACGACGAUCAAGUUGAGCAAUCCGCAGCUGCCGACCACGAGCCUAUUCCAAGUAGUUCAAGCAGUGCUCCUGCGCAUUCGCACCAUUCCAGCGCAGGGGUUGAGCCUGACACGGCAUACUUUUACCAAGCAUCCGAUGGGCAGCGAGUGUUCAUGCACCCAAUCAAUGCUCGAUGUUUAAUGUUCCAAAACGGCAACUCUCUCGCGCACUGUCCACCCACCAUUCGUGUCCGAGUCCUUGAAAACGAAGCGCAUAUCCAAACAGAGGAAACCCGCAAGCGAUUCCGCGUCUUGGGCCACCUCGCUCAGGCCACCGAGUUUGUCUUUUGCGAAGUAGACCUGAAUGACAUGCUCAAUUCAGAGACUCGGCGGCAAUUUGGUGACGAACUCGCAAAGCGAAAGCAGCGCAGAUCCAGCCGCAUUCGACAAGAACAUCAAAUGGAAAAGAGAUUAGAGCAAGAAGCACGGCGACAACACCAACAAGCCCUGAUUGACACGCGUUCGCUUGGCGAUUUUCCUGCGCCGUUGUCAAUGUCCUUUGACCCUUCACAGCUACCUGCGCUUCCAGGCGCUAUUCCUGCGCCCGAGCCAGUCGUGGCACAAGCCAGUACGGAGCCCAAACCAGCGUCCUACAUUCCACCUUCAUUCGCUCAAGCAGCCAAGUGCGGAGUCCUGUCCAACCACGACGCCAAUCCGCAUGUCAGCUGGGCCAAUGGUCGUGCGAAAACAACCUUGUUGAACGACGACUCGAGUCGAGCAGCACCGAGCACGAAUGUCAGUUGGGCGGGUAUGGCUCGGACGCCCAUGUCCGGGUUGACUGCGCUGCAACGCUCUUUCUCUCCGCGAGCCCGGUCUGGAGCCCGCAACGCCCUUGAUGGAGAUGAUUCGGAUGAGGAGGCGCGGCCUCGAGAUUUUCGGGAGACCUUUGCCGAGUCUUUGUGGACAUCUCUGAGCGUGCCAGAGAGUGUCGAUGGCAGUGCUGCUGCAGCAGCAGCUGCUGGCACCAAUGCACCGAUUCAAGACAAGAAAGCAGCCGGCAAGAAGGGCAAAAAGGGAGCGACGGUGCUGUUUAGCACUGGAGGGACACGAAAGCUCCAUUGAUGCUCGAUUGCGUUGAGGAAGUGCAGUUAUUUUUUUCCCCUAUGGUUGUACUUUUUGGUCUCGCUCGAAUCUCAUGUUGCGUGUAAUUUAUAGUCUGAGUACAUGACAUGUCCAGG